CGCGGAUCCCGACGCUUGGUCACAUCCGGUCGUAUAUAUUCUGCCACGAGUUAGCGGCGAAUUCGGAGAGUGUCAAUUUCGAACAGUGAGAGUCGGCGUCUCCGGUGUUUUCGCACAAAUUUCUGAAUCAACCCACCGUCACAAUGUCAGACACUGAGAAUCCACUCAUGGAGACGUGCGAGCAGAACGGCAAUGAGGGAGAAGAGUUCCAGUACUCGACCGAGCAGCAGCUGAUGGAUGGAGACGAGGGACAGGACAAUGGCACCGACGGAGGCAAGAUUGAUGCCAGCAAAGGAGAGGAGGACGCUGGUAAAAUGUUUGUGGGCGGCCUCAGCUGGGACACAAGUAAAAAGGACCUGAAGGAUUACUUCAGUAAGUUUGGCGAGGUGUCGGACUGCACCAUCAAGAUGGACUCCCAGUCCGGCCGAUCACGAGGCUUCGGCUUUGUUCUUUUUAAAGACUCCUCCAGCGUGGACAAGGUGCUGGAGCAAGGGGAACACAAACUGGACGGACGCAAGAUCGACCCCAAGAGGGCGAUGGCGAUGAAGAAGGAACCCGUCAAGAUCUUUGUCGGCGGUUUGAACCCCGAGGCAACGGAGGACGCCAUCAGGGAAUAUUUUGGGGCCUUUGGCGAAAUUGAAACCAUUGAGCUUCCUGUCGACCCCAAGUUGAAGAAGAGGAGAGGUUUUAUCUUCAUCACCUUCAAAGAAGAAGGGAGUGUCCGCAAGUGCCUGGAGAAGAAAUACCACACCAUCCAGGGUGGCAGGUGUGAGCUGAAGAUUGCCCAGCCGAAGGAGGUGUAUCAGCAGCAGCAGUACGGAGGAGGACGCGGAGGUGGUUACGGAGGAGGACGUGGAGGAGGCAGAGGACGUGGAGGUCCAAACCAGGGCUGGAACCAGAGCUGGAACCAGGGCUACGGCGGAAACUACUGGAACCAAGGCUACGGUAACCAAGGCUAUGGCUACGGUAGUGGAUACGGCAACUAUGACUACUCUUCUGGUUACUAUGGAUACGGUCCUGGAUAUGAUUACAGUGCUGCAGACCAGGGCAGUGCCAACUACGGUAAAACCCCCAGGCGGGGGGCUCACCAGCCUGGCUACAAGCCAUACUGAUGAUGACGAUGAUGAUGCUGACAACGACAUGGUAUUGCAAGGACUUCAACCAUCCAGUGAGACCAACUGCUGAACGGACACACUGGGCCUAACUCCGCCUCUUUUAUGACAGAAGACCAUUUGUACAGAAAACAUCUGAAAUGUAACUUUUCCAUGUUUUUUUUUUUAAUCCUAUAAUUUUAGGUUUUACUUUUCCCUUUGGUGUUUUUUUUUUUGUUGUUUUUUUCUCCCGUCUUUCCACAUUUCCAACCAUGGAAGUGUAAUUUUUACUGUACUUUUUGGUACCUGUUUUGAUUCUAAUGUAUUGUAAGGGUUGUAUUUUACAUGUUUGCUGGCUUUACAGGUUGAAAUAUCAUGGCACUGUAAAAGCUUUUUUGACAAAAUAAAAGCAGUUUUCAGUA